AUGGGUCGCAGCGCAGUGGUGGCUUUGAUGCUAUGUCUCUUGGGCGUCACCGUCUAUGGUGAAGAUCCUUACCUUUUUUUCACAUGGAAUGUUACCUAUGGUACCAUUGCACCUCUCGGGGUACCCCAACAGGGUAUCCUUAUCAAUGGUCAAUUUCCCGGACCUGAAAUCAACAGUACAAGCAACAAUAACGUUGUCGUUAAUGUCUUCAACAACCUUGAUGAGCCACUGCUUUUCACAUGGCACGGUAUUCAACAAAGGAAGAAUUCAUGGCAAGACGGUACCCCUGGUGCUUCUUGCCCUAUCCUUCCCGGAACUAACUACACGUAUAAGUUUCAAGUGAAGGAUCAAAUCGGAAGUUACUUUUAUUACCCUUCCACCGGUCUUCAAAGAGCCAUCGGUGGUUUCGGUGGUCUGAGAAUCUUCAGUCGUUUGUUGAUCCCUGUUCCUUAUGCUGACCCUGAAGAUGAAUACUGGGUUCUCAUUGGUGAUUGGUUCGGAAAGUCUCAUAAAUCUUUGAAGAUGAUGUUGGACAGUGGUCGUUCUAUUGGAAAACCCACCGGAGUUAUCAUGAACGGUAAAAAUGCUAAGGGGGAUGGAAGCGAUGAACCACUCUUCACAAUGAAGCCCGGAAAAACAUACAAAUACAGAAUCUGCAACACUGGUCUUAAGGACGCUCUUAACUUCAGAUUCCAAGGACAUUCAAUGAAGCUGGUUGAAACUGAAGGCUCUCAUAUCGUUCAAAACAACUAUGACUCUCUCGACGUUCACGUUGGACAGUGUUACACCGUCCUCGUGACCGCCGAUAAAGAGCCAAAGGACUAUUACAUGGUUGCCUCCACUCGUUUCACCAAGUAUUCUUUAGCCGCUAAGGGUAUUGUUCGUUACACCAAUGGUGUUGGUCCUGCUUCACCUGUUCUUCCACCUGCACCUGUUGGUUGGGCUUGGUCUCUUAACCAGUUCCGAUCUUUCCGAUGGAACUUAACCGCUUCUGCUGCUAGACCUAACCCACAGGGUUCUUACCAUUACGGUCAGAUCAACAUCACCCGCACUAUUAAGCUCGUUAACUCCGUUGGCCACGUCGAUGGCAAGCUCCGUUACGCUAUCAACGGUGUUUCCCAUGUUGAUACCGAAACUCCUUUGAAGCUCGCUGAAUACUACGGUGUUGCUGAUAAGGUGUUCAAGUACAACACUAUCUCUGACGCACCACCUGCCAAUCUCAACACCAUAACUAUUGCACCCAAUGUAAUUAACGCCACUUACCGUACCUUCAUCGAAGUCAUCUUCGAGAACCACGGAAAGACCAUCCAGUCUUACAACUUAGGCGGUUACUCUUUCUUCGCCGUCGCUAUUGAGCCAGGAACGUGGACACCAGAGAAGAGAAAGAACUACAACCUUCUUGAUGCUAUCAGCAGACACACAAUUCAGGUGUUCCCUAAGUCAUGGGCUGCAAUCAUGUUGACAUUCGACAAUGCCGGUAUGUGGAAUUUGAGGUCAGAGCAGGCUGAGAACCGCUACCUGGGACAACAACUCUACAUUAGUGUUCUAUCGCCAGAAUUUUCUAACAGGGAUGAGUAUAAUCUUCCUGAAACCCAAUUAGUUUGCGGUAUCGUCAAGGAUAUGCCCAGGCCUGCACCAAAGUACAACUAG